GUCGCCGCAUUUUGUAUAGUAGUGUCGGGUGUCGGCGAUGACUAGUCUCACGUGAAGCCAUUAUAAGCGCCCCGAGGGUGCACUAACAACUGACGACUGCUGCGCCAUCCCUCCUUGCAAUCGUCACUUUUAGCACGGUUCCCCUCUGUUUGCACGAUUCGCGUACUCGCUGCUUGGAUAUCAAAUUCAAUCACCGGCUGUUUUGCCCCCUCGUUCCUUUUACGCAUUAUACCUGAUUAAAGACACACGGCAUCCGGCUUGUACGCCAUGCCCUUUCGAGUGCGCUCCAAGGCAAACAAGGGCGCUGUUGAGCGAGAACCCAGUCCUGCCCCAGUGCUCUAUGACGCAGCCAUCAAGUUACCCCAAAUCGAACAAGAUGAUGAAUUUCGCCAUGUCGUUAAGAAGCUAUCCGUCUACUUUCGUGACGUGAUAGAGCUGCCCAGCACCUUUGAGCAACUUCGAACAACUGCCGCCGGAACGUGUCUGCGCGUGCUAGUCGAUCAUUUGAGUAAAUCGUGCACGAAUCCCGCGAUUGUCAACGCCCUGCUCGCGCUAAAGUGGCACUAUGAUGCCGACAAGGACAACCAGACGCUGAGCGAGUCGCGCUCGUCUGCUUGCGAAAUCGUCGCUUGGCGAUUCCUCACACGUUUAUCUGAACGGGAAGCGGUCAGUUACUGUCUGUACGAGAUCCCUGGGCCGUGCUCGCGCGUGUCUCCAAGACGAGCCGACGAGGAGGCGGCUGCUAGUGAGGCAUCACCACUGAUUCCCAAGCACAACCACGAACAUGAUGAUGAUGACUAUGUGUAUCGUCCUGCAGGGAGUAGCUCGAAGCGCUCACAGCUGCUAAGCUCUGUGUCGAGACUAACCAACCUUAGCGACGAUAUGGUGCAGGAGCAGGAUCCGAGUGCGUCGUUUAAGAAUCUCAAUGCGUUGGAGAUUGCGGCGAUUGCCAACGCAAAGCGCUUUCUCAGUCAGCAUGUCGUCCAGAAGAUUAUCACGGGUAUUUGGAACGGCGACAUUAUUUUCUGGGACAGUCUGUCGGUGCAUUCGACCAAGGAGCCGCGGUUCUAUAAUCCUGUGACUGCAGAUCCGUUCUCGCGGCUCAGAGUUCCCAAGUACUUGAAGUGCUGGGAGGUGCUGUUCUUUGGUAUUUUUCUAGCGCUGUAUUAUGCUGUGCUACUGAAUCGUGAAGAGGAGAAGGUGACUGGGUAUGAAAUCGCGCUGUUCUUUUGGAUCGCGGCAUACUUUUACGACGAGCUGAGUGAGUGGAUUGAUGCGGGAUCCGUGUUCUACGCAACGGAUAUCUGGAAUGUGUUUGACAUGAUUAUGAUUUUGAUCGGUUUUGCGUUUGCUGUUCUGAGAAUCAUUGGUGUAGCGUACAAGGAUGCGGUCACUAAUGAUCUCGCAUUCAACGUAUUGGCGCUUGAAGCGCUGUUUAUGAUUCCGCGAAUCUGCUCCAUCCUCAGUCUCUCGCCGUACUGGGGUACGCUAAUUCCGUGCCUCAAGGAAAUGGGCAAGGACUUUCUCAAGUUCAUGGUGCUUGUUGUGAUCAUCUACGUGGGCUUUCUGACUACCUUUGCCCUGGUUGGCCGCGACACAUUCAACUUUACUAGCAUGGCCGGGAUCCUGACCAAGAUCUUCUACGGGUCGAGCUCGGUGGGCUUUGAAAUCAUGGACGACAUUGAUCCGUUCUUUGGGCCGCCGCUCAUGGUGCUCUUUAUCACGCUAUCGUCGUUUCUGCUCAUGGGUUCGCUGACGGGUAUGCUGUCCAACAGCUUCUCGCGCGUCAUUGCCCAUGCCAAGGAAGAGUAUCUCUAUGUUUACAGCGUCUAUGUGCUCGAGGCAUCGACGAGCAACCGCCUCACGCACUUUUACCCGCCUUUUAAUUUGUUAGCAUUUGUCAUCUUCCGACCGUGGCGUCUGCUGUUCCCCCGCUCUGAUAGCGUACGAGCGGGCCGAAUCAUGCUCCUCAAGGCAACACACUCGCCUAUCGUCGGUAUGAUUCAGCUGUACGAGAUGCUGCGGCGCAAGGCAUAUGGUGAUGAGUUUGCCGGCUUCAAGGGCCCAACAAGCAUUGCUGCGGUUCGCGAUGCUGCUAAUUCCGGCGCCGAACCUAGACGCCGUCUUCCUGCCAUGAGGCUCAUUUCGCGCGAUGCAACCAUGGUGGAGGAGACGAUCCCGGGACGUCAUACGGAUGAUGAUGGCUUCGAGGGCCAGACGCCCGUCGAGAUGCAGAUUGCAGAGCUGAGCCGCAAGGUGGACGAGCUGACUGCGCUCGUGAAGGUUUUGGCAGAGAAGAAGAGUGCUUAGAAGCUUUGUAACGUUUUUUAAGGUUUGCGAUUGUCGUUGUUACACAGCGUUUUGUUUCCCUUUCGGGUAAUCCGCAACGUCAUUUGUGCAUUGGGUUGUCCCGCGACACCAGAUAUUUAUUAUUAAUUCUGCAGAAAAUACCACGUUUAUAUUUAGAGAUGCUUUUAUAAGAUCACAC